UAAAAAACCCCAUCCCAACAAAUUAAAACACAUUCUACCCCACCCCCACAAGAAGAAGAAGAAGAACAUGGCUGGCCCCUCAUCCCUCAAACCUCUCAACUCAGCCAUUCAUCUCUUCUCCUUCAAAUCCUCUUCAUCUUCUUUAACCACCACCACCACCUCCACCUCCACCUCCACCUCCACCUCCACCUCCACCUCCAACAUCAAACUCAAAACCCUACUCCAAACCUUCAUGUUCUCACACAUGUACCGCAUUGCCCGCGCCCUCACCAGAGCAAAAUCAGUUCUAAUCCACCUCCUCAAACAUAUACACACCCUCAUCAUUCACUUGCUCCAAUUCCCAUUCCCGUUACUCACAAGAAACAAGCAGCACCAUAUUGAUAAGAAGAAGCUCUUCUUCGGCUCCUUCAGGCUCCACUACAACUGGUGCUCAUCAUCCCAUCAUUCCAGCUCCUCAUCCCAUCUUUACUACAAUUCCUCUGUCAUUAAUCCAACAUCCUUGGACGUCGUCUGCGAUGGAAUGAAGGAGUACUGUUCUACAACUCAUGAGCUCUCCAGGUACCUGCAGUGGCUUGAGGAAAAGGGUGGUGAUGAAGAUUGGAGCAAUGAGAUCGACAGGCUUGCUGAUUUGUUCAUUGCAAAUUGCCAUGAGAAGUUCAGGUUGGAGAAGCAGGAGUCUUAUAGAAUGUUUCAAGAAAUGAUGGCUAGAAGUGUAUGACACUUGAGAUUCAGGGUGCUCCACUUUUAUUAUUUUUCUUUUUUUUUUUUUUGGGUGUGUCAUAUAUAUUGACUGGAGUAGGGCUCUUUUUUUGAAUAUUUUUGUUUAGGUUUCUUCUUAAUUUAUUGGGGGGUUUUGGGGUAGAGAGAGAUGAUGGGAUUUGUGCAAAUUCUGCUUUUAAUGAUAAUGUUUAAAAGUACACAUGUUAACUUGCAGUU